GUACGUUUGUGUGCCGCACAGAAGAUUGUGAAAGAGAGAGAAUUACAAGCGGCGAGACAAAUAUGGACGCCACAAAAGAAAAUAUCGAAACAGAAACUCGUCAAGUGGUGGAAGAGAACACUCAGGGGGAGGCAGAGGUUAUAACUUCUUCGGAGCCAGAGAAUACACAACAGACUUCUACACAGAGUCCUGAGACUAGUUCUGAUAAUGUACAGUCGCAGAAUAACAAUACAGACAAACCAGUCAUGGUGAUAGAUGUUCAAGAAACAACCAAUAAUGAUUCUGUGAACUUUACUGAUGAUAUCAGCAUUGUUCAAGAAACAACCAAUGACGAUUCUAUGAACUUCACUGAUGAUAUAAGCAUUGUUCAAGAAACAACCAAUAAUGAUUCUAUGAACUUCGCUGCUGAUAUCACCAAUAUUCAAGAAACAACCGAUAAUGAAUCUAUGAACUUUGCUGCUGAUAUCAACACUACUCAAGAAAUAGCCGAUAAUGAAUCUAUGAUUUUCACUGCUGAUAUCAGUGUUCAAGAAGCAACCAAUAAUGAUUUUAUGGACUUUACUGCUGAUAUCAGUUUGGAUCAAUUUAAUCCGCAAAAAGACAUCACGGAUGAAGAAGUGAUGCAACAUCUGGAUGUUAUAGAAAAGAUUGACUUGAAUCCAAAUAGUUUUGGUGUAAAUCAGAGUAUAGAUCAAGCCAUGCAAUUUGAAUCUUCUAAAAAUGACGAGGAUGAACAGAAUAAACAAGAAAGAGAAGAAAUAACAAUAAUUGAUGAUGAAAAUACAGAAGAACAGUGGUAUAAAAAGAAGCUUCAACACAAAGAUACUCUUCUGAAGCACAGAAUGUCAAAGUUAGCCCGAGUGUUGACAGUGUCUUAUCCUCAUUAUGGAAAAUGGUUAGAAAGAAUAGAGAAAAUAGCAGGUACACCUAUUUGUAGAAUAGAUCCACCUCGUUCUUGUUCAACGAACAAACUACACGGUAAUCGAUGGAAGUUCGCAUGCAAAGAAAAAGUUUUGGAAGAUCCCCAGAACACGGAUAAUCCAAGUUCUAGCAACAAAAACGGUAAAGUAGUAUGGUCCGUUGAAUUAGUGUCGGGAAGCGUUACUGGUGACAAAACGGACAUACCAGCUUUUGUGUUACAAGCUGUGAAGAUAUUUGAAGAUUUUCUUCAAACGACCAUAAAACAACCGUUGCUCCAAGAGAAUUCAGACGAAGUAUCUAUUAUUGAAGUGAAAAAAGAGGCGGGUGAGUCGGACGAGAAACAAGAAUGGUUGUGGUUGUUGAUACGUUGCAACAGCAUAGAUGAACUUAUGCUGUUUGCAACCGGAAAGAAUAUCAGUCGGGGCACAAUGGACCGUUUGAAGCAGACGUACGAGUACGGUGCGGGAAACAAUUGCAACGUGAAGUCUUUCUAUUGCAAAUCGAUAAACAAAUGUGACGAUAAAGUCAACGUUGUUACGACAUUCUUAGUUGGAGCAGAGGCUUUAGAAGAAGCCGUGGGUGAUUUAAAACUGCAGCUCGCGCCAAAGACAAACUUUUGGUCUAGCGCUGCCGGUGCGUGGAAUUUAGUUAAAACGGUCAAGGACAUGCUUAAUCCAACGACAAAAACGACAUUAAUCGAAAUCGGUUGUGGGAUUGGCGUGAUUGGGCUUUCGUUGGCGUCUCAAUGUCGAGAAUUGAUUGGAGUCGAUACACCCACCGAGGUAGAAGAAGCUGAAAUGACGGCUGAAUUAAACAAAAUAUUCAAUGUAUCUUUCAUAGUGGGAACUCCGGCGGAAGUUGUAGCUAAAUUAAACUCUGCGCGCGAUUUGCACAAUAAAAAUCGUUCGACUUUCUGUAUAAUCAACACGAACACCAUUAUGGGUAGAGCUAUCGAAGUAAUGACUUGCUUGAGAAAACUGACUUCUCUACGACGUAUCGUAAUGAUCACCACGAUGACAAAACAAUCGGUACGGGCGAUAUUAGAACUGGCGCGGCCCAUAGAAGGUGGACUCGGCCAUCCGUUCAUGCCGAUACGGGCGUGCGCCGUCGACAUAUUGCCAAACGGGUCUUACUUUGAGUCGGUUAUUCUAAUGGAACGUAGACUCAUGCACAGACUCACGCAGCCGUGGUUUAUCGAGAUGUUGGAGGAGGAAAGCAAAUCAAUGGCUAACAGUGGGACGUUAGAGAAAAUAAUCGAGAAAAACGACAAUGUCGAUUUGCAAUUGAGAAAAAAUCCCUUAGCGAAAUUCGAAGUCGGAAAGCAAUUGAAAAACAAGAGUCCCGCGAAACCCGGCGGAGGUUCCCCGAUGAAGGGGAACAAAGCGAAAUUGAAGCGAGAUCACUCUCCGGACAUAAUAGAAGUAUCUGAGAAAGUGCCAAAGAAAUCGGAGAAGCCUGGAUCUAAGCCAUGGAAACAGGCUAAGAAAAAGAAUUGGAAUCAGAACAAUUCGUCAAUUUGCAUUAAUCCACUAUUCGAGAAAAAAGUAAGAGAAAAUAAAGACCAGACGGACUUGAGAGAAAAAUUGUCGAGUAGCCGAACCGAAAUGGAUUUGAUACAGAAGGUAAACGAGAGUCGUAAGAUCCUCGAAGCGGCGAAAGAACAGCUGAGCGGACCGUCGCCUAAGGUUGACGCGAUGACCGCUAAAGAAUUGAAGAAUGUAUUGAGUUUGGUCCUAGAUCAAACUCCGCGUUCAUCUUCCUCCGUGUGGGAUCGCAUCGCGCCACCUGAGAACGAGUACAAGAUGCAGCGAAAAAAAGAUAUCGAUAACGAUCCUCUUCUGAAAGAUCGAUUUAUUCACGAAACUCGUGCGCAGGACAUUCUUAUCACAAUGCCGAACAAAGAAUAUUUAGAAACUGACGAUCCUAAGCCGAAACUUACGAAAUAUCACAACUUGCCGCCGCUAGACCCUGACAUAAUACCGAUAAAUACCCCGAACAAACAAUCCUCUCAAAAGGGAUCGUUUAAUAACAAGGGCAGGCAACAGAAUCAAAAUAAUUGGAAUAAGAAUAAAAAUUUCGAUAGAAACCGAUGGAACGAUGCGGGAAGGAGGCAUGACGAUGUGCCAAAUAGAAAUCGAAUGUCAUCCCCGACACGUGAAUAUCUAGCACCUCCGGAAGACUCACCACCCAGGAGACAUCUCUCUCCGGACAGGGUGUAUCAAGCGCAUGAGUCUUCUUCGUAUCGGGAAUAUCCUCAGAAACGAUUAAUAUCGCCCCCGAGACAAUCCACAUCUGGUGGCAGACGUCAAAUGACGGCACCCAGGCGUCCUUACUCGCCUAUUAAUCGAACAAUGUCACCGCCAAGGCGGUUGAUGGAUAUCGGUCGCAUAAUGUCGCCGACACGGCGGCAAUUGUCACCGCAAAGGCUGGCAAUAUCUCCGCCGAGACGACAAGCGUCUCCGGAGAUGAAAUACGAAGACUCAUCGACGUGGUAUCCCGUAAGACAGUCAUCAUCGCCUGUGAGACGUCAGUUGUCUCCGGAAAGAAGGAGGCCUGUAACGCCCGUCAACAAAAUGUCUCCGACAAAACAGAGAGACAUGAUGCUGUCGAGGCGUCAGUCACCUCUGAGACAAUUUUCGCCACAUCAAAUGCCACCACGUCUCUUAUCCCCCCCAAGACGACAACAAUCACCACCGAGACAUCAAAACGCACCGCCUAAUAGAUUCGCGGAUGAUUGGGACAUACCUAGCAGAGGUGCGUUCGAACAGGGUGGCGUUUGGCAACGAUCUGUGAACGAAAGACAACCGACAACGAGCGGAAAUUGGCCGCAAACUUCCGGUGACGACAGAUACCGUAAGCCGUCUAAUCAGGACAGACCUUGGGAUACCAGAGAUUCGUCAUCUCACGGAAACUCAUGGUCUGCUAAUCCUGGUGUGAAAGAACCGUGGCAAUCCUCAGAAAACAGAUGGUCUGGCGGACCAUCUGGUUCGAAAAUGAGUGGCGAAAACUGGAAUCGAAACAAGGACAGUCGUGGUGGUGGCCAUAAAGAGACGCAGAUUUGGGAACAGUCGGUACCGAACGACCAGUGGAAUCAGGAAGACGCGGAAGAUUGGAACGAUUUGCCAGAAGACGCGCGAGAUCCCUGGGGUGACGAAGAUAAUAAUGUCGGAUUGAAAGAAAGAUGGGCAAAUGAGUCGAAAUCCGUAUGGAGGGAGACUAACACAGUGGAGCCGUGGGCUAGAUCAAAAGACAAUUGGCAGAACAAAUCGCAAGCUUUCCCGAUUAAAAUACCAAGCCAAAACAAGAUGAACGAUUCGCGCUGGGGGACGUCCCAACGCGAAUCCCUCGUGUCUAACGACAUGAAUAAGAAAUCAUUGAUGUCGAACAAUUGGCAAUUGAACGUUGGAUCAAACAAUUGGCAAUCCCAGCAAAACUACAACCAGUCCCAAGCUCAGCGGUUUGUGUCGAACAUGAUGAAAAAUAGACGUUAAAUAUAUCACACGCCUUAAUGAUAACCAGUAAACCAACACUUUACGUUGUUUAAAAAAAACAUUUCAAUUUACGAAGCAUUGAUAUAAAUUAUAAUAUAAGUUAACGCAACAAGUUUCGUAAUAGAUUAAAUGUUAGAUUUAUAAAUAUCGCAAUAAAAAAGAAUUAUAUAUCUUGGAGCUGGUGAUCCUCCCGGAUAACCCGGAGUACUCGAGCUCAGUUUCGCUGGUUCGAAUGUUAUUCGUAUACAAGCGAGAUGGAAAUCGAAUACCCGGGCAUCUUUAUUACCCGAUCAUCAGCCUUAGUACGUACGUGACGAAUCAAAUAUAUGUUACAUGAUAAACAAUGUUCAUUCACAUUUCUAUUUGUCAAAUUGUAGUCCACUCAAACCUAGUUAAUUUUAUUUUUUAUUUUUUUUUUUUGAUAGCUUUAUCAAAUUUUUUUUUCACACAAGAAAAUCCGAUGAGACUUGUGAAAGCGUCCGUUGUUCGUGGCCAAAUAAUCGCACUUCAUUCUUCGGAAAGAAUAUUGACCUAGUAAUGCUUUGCGUUUUAAUUCGAAUUCUCUAUUAUAAGAUGUGAAAAAUACAUCCGUUUUAUUCCAAAAAUGGCAAAAAAAACAUUCAACGCGAAUUGAAAGUAAAAAUCGGUUUCAAAUAUUUCCGAUAACGAAUUUAUUCUGCGAAAGAGAUAGAAAUUUUUUUUUUUUUUCUUUUUUUUCUUUUUUUUGUAUCAGUUUAUAUCUUCUCUUUCUCUCACUGAGAUACAGAUUGUUUUAUGAUGAUCCAUAGUUUCGUUCAAUAAGACUCUUCUGCUUUUUUUUUUUUUUUGUUUUGCGAGAACGCAAACACCUGCGGAUUUGUAUUUCUUGACGUUGUUAGAACGCAUUCGGAGAAUUUGUUCCUUGGAAAUUUAAAAAUAAUGUUAAUUUUAGAAUAAAGCAAGUUAUAUACAUACAGAUAAUGAGUAUAUAUAUAUGCACUAAUUUUGUACACCACCAAACUUGUAUUUGUAUAACUGUGCAAUUAUAAAUUGUAUUUUUUUCAUUAUGAAAUUUAGAAAAUAAAUUGCGUUACAAAAAUGGUUAA